CCGGCGACCAGCUUGAGGCACAAGCAGCAGCAGCAUUCGUAGCAGCAGCAGAGGCGGCUGCUCCGCCGCCCGCGUCUCCGCGGGAGCAUGGAGUGCGCCCUGGACGCCCAGAGCCUGAUCAGCAUCUCCCUGCGCAAGAUCCACAGCUCCCGGACCCAGCGCGGCGGCAUCAAGCUACACAAGAACCUCCUGGUGUCCUACGUGCUCCGCAACGCGCGCCAGCUCUACCUGAGUGAGCGUUACGCCGAGCUCUACCGGCGCCAGCAACAGCAGCAGCAGCAACAGCAGCCGCCCCACCACCAGCACCAGCACCUCGCUUACGCGGCGCCCGGAAUGCCGGCCAGCGCGGCCGACUUCGGCCCGCUCCAACUUGGCGGCUGCGGGGACGCGGAGGCGCGCGAGCCGGUCGCCCGGCACCAGCUGCACCAGCUCCACCAGCUCCACCAGCUGCACCUCCAGCAGCAGCUGCACCAACACCAGCACCCGGCGCCGAGGGUCUGCGCGGCGGCGGUGGCGGUGGCCGGGGCGCCCGCGGGCUGCGCGGGGGCGCUCUCGGAACUGCCCGGGUGCGCCGCGCUCCAGCCGCCGCACGGCGCGCCCCACCGCGGGCAACACUUGGAGCCGCUGCAGCCCGGUCCUGCGCCGCUGCCGCCGCCCGCGCCCGCCACUCUCUGCCCGCGGGACCCUCGCGUCCCGGCCGCCUGCUCUGCGCCCUCGGCGCCUCCGGGGACUGCCCCUCCGACCGUCGCCGCCUCCUCUCCACCCGCUUCUCCAGCCCCUUCCUCGUCUCCUGGCUUCUACCGGGGCGCGUACCCGGCCCCUUCGGACUUCGGCGUGCACUGCAGCAGCCAGACCACCGUGCUGGACCUGGACACUCACGUGGUGACCACGGUGGAAAACGGCUACUUGCACCAGGACGGCUGCGCCUCCGCCCACUGCCCCUGCUGUGGCCAGGGCGCUCCGGGACCCGGCCUGACGUCCGCCGCUGGUUGCAAGCGCAAGUAUUACCCUGGCCAGGAGGGAGAGGACGAGGAGGAGGAGGACGCGGGCGACCUGGGAGCCGAGCCCCCCGGGGGCGCCCCGUUCGCCCCCUGUAAGCGCGCCCGCUUCGAGGACUUCUGCCCGGACUCGUCCCCGGACGCGUCCAACAUCUCAAACUUGAUCUCCAUCUUUGGCUCGGGCUUCUCGGGGCUGGUGAGCCGACAGCCGGACUCCUCAGAGCAACCGCCGCCGCUCAACGGGCAGCUGUGCGCCAAGCAGGCGCUCGCCAGCCUCGGCGCCUGGACUCGAGCCAUUGUCGCCUUCUAGGGACCCCCGAGGGCUUGGGGACCCUGAGCCCCGCGGGGCUGGGGCCAGACAAAGACUCGGCCAAGGGGCGAUAGGGAGAGAGCGGGUCCCGGCCACUCGGGGCUGAGCUGGGGGCGAGCAGAGGCUCAUGUUUUAUAAAUUGUAAAAUAAAAAAAAAAAAAUCUAAAAAUCUUGGACUUUAUUUUUGCAGAGAAAAAGCGCCUAUUUAAGUAUGCUUUGUGUUUCUCUUACUCUUUUUCCCCCCUUUUUAUUGUACUGAUUGCAGUGGUGUUUAGCGAGGAGCCUGCCACGUGAGGCAGGGCUGCUGCCCGGAGGAGGUGCCGGGCUGCCGGGGGCGAGGCUGGGUGCCGGGGCGCGCCGAGGGCGCAACGCAGGAGAGCGUGGGGCCCAGGACGCCGGUUCCAAUCAGUUGUCAGAGCUGGGAAGCCCGACGUUCCGCUCUCCUGAGUGCCUCUCGGGGUGAGGAACGGGUCUUGUGAAACCCUGAGGAAAAAAAAAAAAAAACAAA